UCAUGUCGUUCUUGACAUUUUUGCAUUUUUAUGAAUUUUAGAUCGAGUCAAAAUAUAUUAAAAUACAUAAAUAAAUAAUUAUUCUAAUAACUCAUGAUCCAAUAAAAUUGUAAAAGUAAGUUAAGUACAUAAAUACUGUUAAGCUAUUUCUUCUUUAAAUAUAAUUCUUCUAGUUAUAAAUGGGAAAUUCAGUCUCUGCGGCUGAAAUAGCCAAAGUAACUGCAUCGCAGUUAAUAAAUGCAAAUGAUCCUGUAGAAGUAGAAAAACAUCGCCAGAAAUAUCAGAAUUACACUGGAGAAAUACCGCCAGAAUGUCCCAUGCACCAAAAGGUACAACAAAAACAAGUGGAAUCUGGUUGUCCAGUACAGGGCAAUGACGAUAUAAAUCCCUUAAACAUGAUGGGACCAGCCAAUCAAAAGCCAUCACCAGGACAACCCUUUCCCUUAUCCACUGAUCGCCAGGUUUCAACAAUACCUAAAGCUAUAAUAAAAGAAGGAGAAGGACACUUUUGGGUAUAUCCUAGUCCACAGAUGUUUUGGAAUGCCAUGCUGAGAAAAGGUUGGAAAUGGAGAGAUGAGGAUAUUAAGCAAGGAGAUAUGGACAACAUAAUAAAAAUUCACAAUGCCAAUAACGAACAAGCUUGGCAAGAAGUUUUAAAAUGGGAGGCGCUACAUGCUAAUGAAUGUCGAGAUCCGAGACUGAAAAGCUUUGGCGGUAAAGCACAAGACUACAGUCCCAGAGCUAGAAUUCGUCAUCUUUUGGGAUACGAAUUACCCUUCGACAGACACGACUGGAUUGUUGACAGGUGCGGAAAAGACGUCCGAUAUGUCAUUGACUAUUACGAUGGAGGAGAUUGUGAUGACAAAUACAGAUUUGCUCUGUUGGAUGUUCGGCCGGCUAUGGACAGCUUUGACAACGUUUGGGACAGAAUGAAGGUGUGCUGGUGGCGAUGGUUCUACAGCGAUGAAUAGAUACAGUUAGCUGCAGGCAGUCGUAUCACUACAAUUCUGUAGAAGAAGGAAAUUGUUCGUGUCAACCACAUUUUGAAAAUAUUCUAGAGUUGAUUUGUUGCAAAAAGCUCGUUAUUACUUUUGGCCGUUUGGUAUUAAGGAAAUGUUUUCUUGAUCAAAUUCAAUCUGGAAUAUUUAUUAAAGAUUUAAUAUACACUAUUGUUACUAUACUUUUUGUGAUAAUUUAUGAAGUAGAUGGGUUAUUUGAUAUAUGACCCUCUGCAAAAUAUAAGGUAUAAAAAAUUAAA